AUGAUUACCGCUAGGCUUACUCGCGUGGGUGCCUUGGCAUCCAAAUCCCGCCUCCUCUUCACACGAACACCACCUUUGCUAACUUACUUGUCCCUCCAGCUUCUGGGAGCGCGGGGUAUGGCUACUGUGUCCGACAAUCCCCUUGAUAAAAAAGUUGAAAUGAACAAUUGGGAAAAGGGCAACUACAUUAAUUACAAAAAAAUGGCUGAAAAUUUGGACAUUGUCCGAGCUCGCCUGAACCGCCCGCUGACGUUUGCUGAGAAGAUUUUGUAUUCCCAUCUCGAUGAUCCUCACGGCCAAGAGAUUGAGCGUGGAAAAUCUUACUUGAAAUUACGGCCUGAUCGCGUUGCUUGUCAAGAUGCUACUGCUCAGAUGGCCAUUCUCCAAUUCAUGUCAGCCGGCAUGCCAUCUGUCGCUACCCCUUCGACUGUUCACUGCGAUCAUUUAAUCGAAGCCCAGGUUGGUGGUGACAAGGAUCUUGCCAGAGCCAACGAAAUCAACAAAGAAGUUUACAAUUUCCUUUCCACGUCUUGCGCAAAAUAUAACAUUGGAUUCUGGAAGCCAGGCUCUGGUAUUAUCCACCAGAUCCUUCUAGAAAACUAUUGUUUCCCGGGUGCUCUUCUUAUCGGAACUGACUCUCACACUCCCAACGGUGGUGGUCUGGGAAUGGCCGCCAUUGGUGUCGGUGGUGCUGAUGCUGUUGAUGUCAUGGCUGGUCUUCCAUGGGAAUUGAAGGCACCUAAAGUUAUUGGAGUGAAACUUACCGGCCAAUUGUCUGGAUGGACUGCGCCCAAGGAUAUUAUUUUGAAGGUCGCUGGAAUUCUCACUGUAAAGGGCGGCACUGGCGCCAUCGUUGAGUACCAUGGACCUGGCGUUGAUUCCUUGUCAUGCACGGGUAUGGGCACUAUCUGUAACAUGGGUGCUGAAAUCGGUGCCACCACUUCUGUUUUCCCCUUUAACGACCGGAUGUACGACUACCUCAAGGCGACCAAACGCCAGGCUAUUGGUGAUUUCUCCAGAGUGUAUGCUCAGGGUCUUCGUGAGGAUGAGGGCGCUGAGUACGAUCAACUCAUUGAGAUCAAUUUGAGUGAACUCGAACCCCACAUCAACGGCCCUUUCACCCCAGAUCUUGCUACUCCUAUUUCAAAGUUCAAGGAAGCUGUUAAGGCAAAUGGCUGGCCGGAGGACUUGAAAGUUGGCUUGAUCGGCUCGUGCACCAACUCGUCUUAUGAGGACAUGUCUCGUGCAGCCUCCAUUGCUCGCGAUGCCUUAGACCACGGAAUCAAGGCCAAAGCUCUUUUCACCGUUACCCCUGGAUCGGAGCAGAUUCGUGCCACCAUUGAACGUGAUGGCCAAUUGCAAACACUUGAAGAAUUUGGCGGUGUUAUUCUUGCCAAUGCCUGUGGCCCUUGCAUUGGACAGUGGGACCGUAAAGACGUUAAGAAAGGCGAAAAGAACUCUAUCGUCUCCUCCUACAACCGGAACUUUACUGGACGUAACGAUGCUAACCCCGCCACUCAUGCAUUCGUUACAUCGCCCGAUCUCGUUGUUGCCUUGACGAUUGCUGGUACCCUCAACUUCAACCCUCUUACUGAUACCCUUAAGGACAAGGAUGGAAAGGAAUUCAAACUUUCUCCUCCAUCCGGCGCUGGCCUUCCCUCCAGCGGCUAUGAUCCAGGCCGUGAUACCUACCAAGCUCCUCCCGCAGAUAGAGCCUCCAUCAAAGUUGACGUUUCCCCAUCCAGUGACCGUCUCCAGGUUCUUGAGCCAUUCAAGGCAUGGGAUGGAAAGGAUGCCACUGGAAUCCCAAUCUUGAUUAAGGCCCAAGGAAAAACCACCACCGAUCACAUUUCUAUGGCCGGCCCUUGGUUAAAAUACCGCGGACAUCUUGACAAUAUCUCGAACAACAUGCUUAUCGGCGCCGUAAAUGCCGAAAACGGAGAAGUCAACAGCGUUAAAAACUUCAAAACCGGAGAAUAUGCCGCUGUACCUGAUACCGCUCGUGACUACAAGGCUAAGGGAAUCAAGUGGGUUGUUAUUGGUGAUUGGAACUACGGUGAGGGUAGUUCUCGAGAGCAUGCUGCCCUUGAGCCCAGGCAUCUCGGCGGUCUCGCCAUCAUUACCCGAAGCUUCGCCCGUAUUCACGAAACCAAUCUCAAGAAGCAAGGCAUGCUUCCUUUAACCUUUAUUGAACCUGCCGAUUAUGACAAGAUCCCUCCCACUGCGACCGUCGACCUUAUGUGCACAGAACUCGCUGUCGGGAAACCCAUCACUCUCCGUGUUCACCCUAAGGACGGCAAGUCCUUUGAUAUCUCUUUGGCGCACACCUUCAACGAAUCUCAGCUUCAGUGGUUCAAAGAUGGAAGUGCUCUCAACACCAUGGCUAAGCAGAGAUCAUGA